AUGCACAUGGAGCCCAUUGCAUCCUCAUCCGCUACUUCAACCUCAGGUACUACUCAUCCUUUAUCUGCAUUUCUUUCUUAUUCUCGUUUUUCACCCUCUCAUCUUGCUUUUUUAACUGCCCUCACCACUUCUAUUGAACCCUCUUGUUAUUCCACUGCUGUUCGCCAUUCUCAUUGGCGUGAAGCUAUGUCUGCUGAACUUCGUGCCCUUGAAGAAAAUUCUACUUGGACACUUGAGUCUCUUCCUCCUGGUAAGACACCUAUCGGUUGUAAAUGGGUUUUCAAAACUAAACUCAAGGUCGAUGGUUCUAUCGAGAGGUACAAAGCUCGGCUAGUUGCCAAGGACUACACUCAAGUUGAAGGCUUGGAUUAUCAUGAGACUUUUGCUCCUGUUGCCAAAAUGACCACAGUCCGCUGCUUAUUGGCUGUUGCUGCUACCAAAAAUUGA